AUGUCUGCCCCUCCAGACUCACCUACAUACACCCUUUCGCCCCUCGCAACUCUCACACCGCCGUCAAACUCGCGAACAUGGCAAAGCGCACCGCACCCGUCACUUCCAAUUGUCGCAACAGCAUGCUCCGACCGCAGUGUGCGCGUGUAUAGCCUCACAUCUUUUACGCUCCUCCACUCGAUAACUGGUGGGCACAAGCGCAGCGUGCGGAGCGUGAGUUGGAAGCCCGGGACCCAGGGGCAAAGUGUGCUGGCAACAGGCAGUUUUGACAGCUCAGCGGGGAUAUGGAGGAGAGACGAGCGCGGCACGCUGGAGGACGACUUCACAAACCGGCGCAUAGGCUCGGCAGAAGACGACGAUCAGGAUGACGAAGCAGAUGAUUACCAAUUCUCCUGCAUCCUCGACGGCCACGAAUCUGAAAUAAAAAGCCUCUCAUGGAGUCCGUCGGGCCAAUACCUCGCUACAUGUUCGAGAGACAAGAGCGUUUGGAUAUGGGAGGAGCUAGAGGACGAUAAUUUCGAGACGGUUGCUGUGCUACAGGAGCAUGAUGGCGAUGUCAAGUGCGUCGCAUGGCAUCCAGAGGAGGACCUGCUGGUCAGCACGAGUUACGAUGAUACUGUGAGGUUAUAUCGGGAGGAUGCGGACGAUUGGGUGCAAGUGAGCAUGAUUGAUGGACACGACAAGACGGUGUGGUGGGCUGAGUUCGAAGGCAGCGACAUGAGCAAGAGAGACUUUAGGGCACAAAGAGUCGGGUUGGACGGAGAGAAACUGCGUGAUAUUGAGGCGUUAGAGCGGUCAGGACCACGGCUAGCGACUUGUUCCGAUGAUUGCACGGUGCGUGUAUGGCGGAGAAAGCCGAAGGAACGGGAUGAGAAUGCGUCGAGUAACACGGGAAUCCCGAGUAUCAUCCGCUCAGUGGCGAUAGACGAAGACUGGUACCAAGAAGCCAUCCUGCCGCAACAACACGAACGCGCCAUCUACUCGGUGUCAUGGAGUCAUAUCACAGGCAUGAUUGUUAGUGCGGGCAGCGAUGGUAAAAUCAUAGUGUACAAAGAGAGGUGGAGGGCUCAGACACCGAAGGGGGCCAACGGCGUUGAGAUGCAUGAUGACCAGGGCGCGACAAUUGAAGAUACACAGCCGUUGACGGAGUGGGUAGUGGUUGCGGAGUUGAUCUCUGCACACGACGUGUUUGAGAUUAACCAUGUUUCGUGGGCAAAGAGGGCUGACAAGGGCAAGAGAUGGGAUGACGAAGAAGUGAUUGUUAGCACUGGAGAUGAGGGCGAGGCCAGGGUGUGGACAUUGGAUGAGACGGGUGUAUCGCAAGCGUGA